AUGGCUCUGCUGAAUUACUGGAUGUGUUUGGUUGCUCUAUCAUUGACCGUGACCACGAGCCGAGCUUUAAGAAGAGUCACCCUGAAGAAGCUGCCGUCCAUCAGAGAGACUCUGUGGGAGAUGGGUAUCUCUGCAGAGCAGGUGUUGACUGAGCUGACCCAGAAGAGUGCAGCUGACAGCGACAACAACGGGACUGUUCCCACACCUCUAACCAACUACUUGGACACUCAAUACUUUGGGGAAAUCAGUAUCGGCUCUCCGGCCCAGCUGUUCAACGUAGUGUUUGACACAGGCUCAGCCAACCUGUGGGUGCCAUCGCACAGCUGCUCGCCGUUCUCCACUGCCUGUUUUACUCACAAUCAGUACGAUGCCUCCAAGUCCUGGACCUAUGUUGAGAAUGGAACCGGAUUUUCCAUCCAGUACGCCGCAGGAAAUAUCAGGGGAUUCCUGAGCGAAGACGUGGUUGUGGUCGGAGGGAUUCCUGUGGUGCAGGUGUUUGCUGAGGCCACCUCUCUGUCUGCCAUGCCCUUCAUCUUCGCCAAGUUCGACGGUGUCCUGGGGAUGGGCUACCCCAACACGGCCAUCGAUGGCAUCACGCCCGUGUUUGAUCGCAUCAUGUCUCAGCAUGUCCUCAAGGAGGAGGUCUUCUCUGUCUACUACAGCAGGGACCCAAAACACUCCCCUGGUGGAGAGCUGGUCCUUGGCGGCACAGACCCAGACUACUACACAGGAAACUUCAACUACAUGCACACGAGGGAGAUGGGCAAAUGGGAAAUCACCAUGAAAGGUGUGUCUGUGGGGACGGAGAUGAUGUUUUGUGCAGAGGGCUGCACAGCUGUAAUCGACACUGGCUCCUCCUACAUCACGGGCCCGGCCUCCUCUGUGUCUGUGCUGAUGAAAACCAUCGGAGCAAAGCUGGAUGAAAGUGGGUACAAAAUCAACUGUGACAUUGUCAAGACGCUGCCUAGUGUCACUUUCCACCUGGGCGGUCAGGAGUACUCACUCACUCAGGAGGAUUACAUCUUGUGGCAAUCCCAGAUAGAGGGGGACGUCUGCACCGUCACAUUCAGGGGCUUGGAUGUGCCGCCCCCUACAGGUCCCAUCUGGAUCCUGGGGGCCAACUUCAUUGCACGCUACUACACUGAGUUUGACCGUCACAACAAUCGGAUAGGCUUUGCUACCGCAGUCUGA